CUCUUGUGUCUCAAUCCAAAGAAACUGGGCAGAGCACUUACCAUAAUUGCUCAACUGAAUACGUAUGCAAUGCAAAAGCUGGGGUUGACGGAAUUAAACAUCGUACAAACAUGUUUCAUACACUAGGCGAACUCGAACCUUUCUGGUGGGUCAAUCUCGGCCAGGUGUACAAGGUAUUUAAAGUGGUUAGUACAAAUCGGAUUGGUGCAUCUGGUGAGCGACUCAGACAAAUGCUUGUCCACGUCGGCGACAGCUUAGAAACAUCUCACAUGGAGCUAUGUGGUGAGUUCAAUGGUCCAGCCUUCAGUGGACAGGUCAUAGAUACACAGUGUAAAACAUUACCGGAAGGAAAAAUAGUAAAAUUAACGAGUGUAAAUAAGAAACCAGUGGAAUUUCAUCUUGCUGAAGUUGAAGUGUAUGCUGUUUAGUUACGUUGUUUUAUGAUAUACAU